AUGAAAGGACUCUACUAUUUCAAGGAGGCCCAGGAUGCAAUAAACAACCGUAUCAGCUUGUACAAUACCACCUCCAAGGUGUCGCUCUCGGGUGUGCGGUCCUUGCGCCAUCUGUACCCUGACCUGGAGCCCAUCCUCGAGGCCCCAGCAACCACUAAGAACUCCAACAGUAUACUUGAAUGUGAGCGUCUCUCGACCAAUGAAAAGGGAUACUUGGUGGACCACCACGGCCGUUUGAUCACGCUAAAGGGCAUCAACCUCGACAGUGCCGCCAAGUUGCCUGCUACUCCCAAUAUGCCCACCUAUAAAGGAGACGCUACCGACACCGACAAUGUGUUUUUUGAUGGUGACAAUGUGAGCUUUGUGGGCCGCCCGUUCCUGCUCGAUGAAGCAGAACUGCAUUUUCUUCGAAUUAAGUCAUGGGGUUACAAUACCAUUCGGUACAUCAUCACCUGGGAAGCCUUGGAGCACAAAGGUCCGGGGAUUUAUGACGAAGAGUUUAUUGACUACACCACCAAAAUUUUGGAGGUGAUUCAUAGUGUGGGUGGAUUGUAUGUUUUCAUAGAUGUGCACCAGGACGUAUGGUCACGAUUCAGUGGCGGUAGCGGGGCGCCGAUGUGGACUCUAUAUGCUGCUGGGCUCCAGCCUAAGCGAUUUUCCCAAACGGAAGCAGCGAUUCUCCACAACGAGCCCCGGUUCCAUCCUGAUGAUGAUACUGACACCUUUCCGAAGAUGAUCUGGCCCACCAACUACAGGCGGUUGGCCUCGUUGGUGAUGUUCACCAUGUUUUUUUCCGGAAAGAACUACUUUCCUCAAUUUAAAAUCAACGGCCAGAACGUGCAGGCGUACUUACAAGGAUGUUUUUUCAAGAGUAUCAAGCACUUCUGGAUGCGGGUUUCAAAGUCUAAUCGAGAAAUGAUCGAGGACGGGACGUUAUUUGGGUUUGAGACCGUCAAUGAGCCUAAUUGUGGGUUGAUGGGCAACACCCAUUUAGGGGAAAUCCCGGCCAGUCAACAGUUGCGGGUGGGAACCACCCCCACUGUAUACCAGUGUUUCAAGCUUGGGAUGGGAUUGCCAUGUGAGGUGGAUGUUUACCGGAUUUCGUUGGCUGGGCCACAGAAAUAUGGUACCCAGUGUGUGGAUCCAAAUGGACAAAGAGCCUGGUUGACUAUUGAAGAGGCCCAUGCAAUUGACGCCCGGUACGGAUGGGAAAGAAGUCCCGAGUGGAUCAUUGGAGAGUGUGUUUUCCAGCAAAUCGGGGUGUGGAGUUACAAUGAGGUGGAUUUUAAGUCACUUCCAUCGAUGAGCAUCGAAGAAAAGAUGCAACAGAAUGCUAUUUGUGAGUUACAGAAGCCCAAUUUCUUCAACCAGUUUGCGGCCAAGCAUAACUUCAAGAUGUAUAGCGGUGUAAAGCCAACAAAAAUCGACAUGGAGUUCUUUAUCAACAACAAUUUUGUUGAUUUUGUCGCCAAGUUCAAGAAGACCAUCCGCUCAAUCACCCCAGAUGUGUUUUUCAUGAUACAGCCGCCAGUAUUAGAAAUUCCACCAAACUUGAAGACGGACCCCAGAGGUAUUGUGGACAAGAAAACCAUCUACUGUCCUCAUUACUACGAUGGAAUGUCUUUGAUGUUCAAAACAUGGAACCCCAGAUACAAUGUGGACACCCUUGGUAUCAUGAGAGGUCGCUACCUCAACCCAGUCUUGGGCAUUGUUUUUGGAGAGAGAGCUAUACGUAACUGUAUGAAGAAACAGUUUAACGAAAUGAAGAAGGAGUGUGAAGAUUAUUUGGGAAGCAUUCCAAUAUUGAUGUCGGAAACCGGUAUGCCUUUUGACAUGGACGAUAAAAGAGCAUAUACUAAUGGUCGGUAUUCAUCCCAGACUUUAGCAUUGGAUGCUUUAAGUUAUGCUUUAGAGGGCCUGGCUAUGUCUCAUACGUACUGGUGCUAUAAUUCUACCAAUUGCCAUAAAUGGGGAGACCGGUGGAAUAAUGAGGAUUUUUCAUUCUGGAGUGCUGAAGAUAGAAAUCUUUCGUUUACCAGUCAAACAUCGUUGGGUGAUAUAUUGACAUCCAGUGUUUCCACCACUGCCUCUCUAUUGAAGAACACCCGUGCGAGAAGAAUCAACUCUAAGGUUCACACUUUGAAACACAAGAUUAAAGGUUCCAGCGAAAAGGAGGAAAUCACCCAAAUAGAAGAAAUUGAAGACGACAAGGGAAGCAUUGAAGCUGAAGAAUUUGAGGUUCUGAAGCAGAACAUAGAUGAUGAUGAAGAUGACCUUAGAUCCAUUCAAGAUGCAUCUUUGAUUUUCUGGACAGCAGAUAACGUCAAGUACAGACACAGCAAGAAGUGCUAUCCUUCCCCAGACGGAGUACGUGCGGCCGGUGCUAUUAUCAGACCAUACGUAGUGGCAUGCUGCGGAGACCUUAUUGCAACCGAGUUUGAUAUGAGAACCGUCAGGUUCUCCUUGACGGUGUCUAUCCAGAAAGGCGAUACCGGCUCAUGUCCUACAGUUAUAUACGUCCCCAAAUGGCACUAUCCAAAGUUGAAUUACCACGAUAUUUACUUAAGUUCGGGUGUUGUCCGGUACAACAAAGAGUUGGAGUAUUUGGAGUGGUAUCACUAUGAAAAUGAAGACAAUUCGGAAAUGUCCACGCUUGUGGAUGAUACAGUACCAAAGGAGGAGACGAUUAUUAUCAAGAACAAUAGUGGAACCUUGGACGACAUCAACCCCAAGGAUGACUCUCAGAAGCAAGGCAAUUGUAUCAUCAUGUGA